AUGUAUAAUUCAUCAGAUGAAUUAAGUAUUGGGGAUCGUAUUACGUCGUUAGAACAACGUUUGGAAAGCUUGCAAUCAAUAGUAGUUACGAGUGAUAAAGUCAAUGAAAUUGUAAAGGUUGUUGAAAGGUUGCAAGCUGAAGUUGCAGCUUCAAAGGAAAGAUUGGAAAACUUACAGAAAUUGGAAGAAGAUGUAAAGAAAAAACAACUUAUGAAACAAAGUUGGACUUGGUUAUUUAAGAUAAUAGCAAAACAUGUGAUUAUAAAUUCUAUAGUAAUAUUUAUAAUUUUAACAAUAACAAUUAGGAAAGGGAAAUUACCAAUGUUAAAAUCUUUUUUUCAACGACAAGGUCUUCGAAAACGCACUAAACAAUUGGCAAAGAGUGCGCUUACUGAUUUCAAGAAUGCUUGA